AUGGACCCAAGGCCCGUAACCACACAGCAAUGGACACAAGUCUUGUCCGCGUUUGUGGUGUUCCUGAACACCUGGGGUAUACUGCUAUCGUUUGGUACCUUCCAGGCCUACUGGGAACAGCAGGGGCUGUCCUCUAAGUCGAGAUCGGAGAUUUCCUGGGUUUCAACGAUCUGCGCCUUCAUCCUGCUCCUCGGCGGUUUAAUCACCGGUUCACUCUACGAUCAUGGCUAUCUACGGCCCUUGGUCGUCUUGGGCAGCUUUUUCGAGGUCUUCGGCCUCAUGAUGAUCAGCCUCUCGACGAAGUACUACCAGGUGUUCUUGUCCCAGGGGAUCUGUAUCGGGAUUGGCGGCGGGAUGCUCUUUGUUCCCAGUAUUUCGUCCGCCGCUGCCAGCCUAGAAGAAUUCCGACGCCCCAAAUUCAUGGCGCUCAUCGCAUCCGGCGCGGGCAUUGGGGGGAUCAUCUAUCCCAUAAUGCUGCGUCAGAUACAGGCGAAAGUGGGCUUCCCCUGGGCGGUCCGGAGUGUUGCCUUCGUGAUCCUCGCCACAUAUCUCAUGGCCGGGACCAUUCUACGGUAUAAGCCCGUCCCCAGCGCCACCGUCCGGCGAGUCUUCGACCCCUCCGCGUUAACUGAUCCGCCGUUUCUGCUCGCCAGUAUCUCGGCCUUUUUCGCUGGCAUCGCGUACUAUCUCCCGCUCAUAUACCUGCCUGUCUUCGCGCAGACGGGUACUGCGGGCUUCUCCAACGCCGAGCUGGCGUACUAUCUCGUCCCUAUGGUCAACGCGGCCUCGGUCUUCGGCCGAUUAGCCGCGGGAUUCGCCGCGAUGAAGACCGGACCCCUCGAAACGUAUACAUUCGGACUGGCCUGCUGUGUGUGCAUGCUGCUGUGCUGGAUGGCCGUGGACUCGGGGACGGGUGUCAUCAUCUGGUCGGUCUUCUGGGGUCUCACGACGAGCGUGAUUGUCGCGUUGCCGGGCGCGAUCAUCCCGCUGCUCUGUCCGUCUCUCGACGUCCUGGGCACUCGGUCAGGCAUGUACUGGGCAUGCGCAGCCGUCGGCAUCCUGAUCGGGCCCCCGAUCGGAGGUGCUCUGGUCAGAGGCUCGCGGUGGUGGCCCUUGCAAGUUUUCGCGGCUGUUUGUAUGGGGGUUGCGAUUCUUUUGCUGGGGUAUCCGAUCGUGUGUCUGCACGCCUGGGGAGACGCCCCCCGAGACCCGGAAGACGCUGCCAACUGA